UGGAGUCAAAAGUGACGCUGCCCAGCAGUCUGAGGGCUCUGCUUGCUUAAAACUAGUUCAUCUUUAGGUUUCAACCACGUCAAGGAGACCAUGCAGAUGACCGCUUGACUCGCACAGAAACCGUUUUCGUCUGCUGCCAUGAACUCAAUCAAAAGUCUGUCUUCUCUGGUCAUCUGUUUCUGUAUAUUUAUGUCAGCUUGUCCUCUGGGUUCAACAGCCUUUGCUAAUACCAGCCUGUGGGGUAAGAAGGUGGUGUUUCAAGUCCAACCAUGUUUGUGGCAGUUACACUCGGGGGUUCCGGUACCAGCCCUCAGGGAGCUGAGUGUGUGCGUGAGUUUACGUCGCACCAUUUCAGCAGACUGGACAGGUUUUGAAUACAAAGCUCCAGGAAACAGAGAGACGGAGCUGGGUCUUGGAGGCAAAAAUGGAAAACUAUUCGUAAAGUUGUUCGGACAUGAGUGGCAAUAUGAAAAUAAUCUUACAGUGAAUGAGUGGCACUCUGUCUGUCUCACCUGGUCGGGGCAAGCUCAGCGACUAAGAAUCUCCAUCAACAAUACCUUUCUGAUUGAAAAGUAUCUAACAACAAGCCAGCAACUGUCCAAAAACGGCACUCUCACUCUUGGUGUGUCUCAUUAUGUAAACGCAAAUGGUGAAAUCCAACCGGAGACUGGCACUAACUUGGUAGGUGAGAUAGGUCUGUUUCGGAUGUGGGCCAGAGAAUGGAGCCUUGAAGAACUGAAAAACCUGAACUGUACAGAUGGGGAUUUGGUGAGCUGGGACCUAAAGCAGUGGACCUAUAGCUGCCCUCCUGAGCCCAACAUCAACCUACACUGUGAGACAACGCCAACUCCCAGUCCAUCAGUUCAUCCAACGACCAGAGAGCCUUUGCAUGUCAAUGACACUGCCGAACCAGAUCAAUUCUUUAGAGUUGAUUUGGUCUUAAAUAUGACUGGUAACCCUUUGGAUCCAAAGGAUAUCAUUGAGAAAUGGGUGAAAAAGCAGCUAGAGGUGAAUAACACGAUGAGUGUACUGAAUCUUGACAUAAAAGAGAAUGCUAUUUCUCAGGACCAACCAAAACAAUAUUAUUGUGCCUUCCAUGUUCAGGAAGGCAACAAAAACACUGUGGCAGAAAUUGAAAUCCUAAUUCAAGCUGCCUUGAUGUCAAAGUAUCAAAAUCACUCCAUUAUUAUCCAAACUGUGGAAGUGAUGAUCAGACAUAUAGUGCCAAAAAACUGUUCAGAAGACACUAGCUUCACAAUCUAUGGAAAAUACAUAUGGCCUGAAACAUUUCCACAAAGAAUCCAAGUAAUGGGAUGCAUCACGCCAACAUCAGAGAGAGCUUUCAGACUCUGUAAGUUAGACAUUGAAACGGACACGACCAGAUGGGCUGAUCCUAACAUGAAGAACUGCAACCAACAUCUAUCAAUAUCGGACCUUAACAAUAUCACUGUGACUCCUGGUAAUGCAGCUGAGGUUGUGGUGGUGAUUCAGGACCUUGUAGUUAUUCAGUUAGGCAAUAGCUCGGAGCUCUCGCCUUCUCACCUGGAAUCUGUGGUGGAAAAGCUCAGUGAAGUAGUCGAUGAAAGCAUCGUUAACUCCGCGGUUGGAGCCAACAUCGUCACUAUCGUUUCUGAUAUUCUGCUUUCCAACACUGAUGUUACUCCGGUUUCAAACACUUUCCUCAAUCUGACAGACAGGAUGGCGGAUAAUAUGAUAUUCCAUGGUGAAUCUGCUAAUUUAACCGCUCCCCCACUGGGAUUUUCCAUGAUCAAUGUGGAUCCAGAGGAAUUCAGUGGUCUCACCUUUGGUGCAUCAAUUGUUUCACCAACUAAGAGCCCUGAGAUGUUUGUCGACCAGGGCUUUGUGAAUAAACCACAUCCCACAGCAAAUGCAACAAUCUCUUUGCCUUCUGCACUCAAUGAUUUCUUCCCUACUGGAGGGAGAAAUACAACUCGUGUUCAGUUCCAGUUUUAUGGAACACACGAGCUUUUUCAGCCACGGGACAAAGUGCAAUGCAUGUUUUGGGAUUUUUACAAGAAUGGUGGGCGGGGUGGUUGGAACGGCAGCGGCUGUGAAACCGAGAGUGUUUCUCCAUAUCAGACCAGUUGUCUCUGUGAUCACCUCACACAUUUCGCUGUGCUCCUGAAUGUCAAAAGAAGUCCUUUCAGUAAGGUUAAUGAACAGAUCCUGACAGUGUUAUCAUACAUUGGAUGUGGUAUAUCCUCCAUCUUUCUGGGCCUCACUCUACUCACCUACCUUAUUUUUGAGAAGCUGCGACAAGAUUACCCAUCUAAGAUACUCAUCAACCUGUCAUCUGCACUGCAGGGGCUGAGCAUGCUCUUCCUUCUAAACACUUGGCUCUCGUCUUUCUCCAAUUAUGCUCUUUGUAUCGCUACUGCUGCAACGCUCCACUAUUUCAUGUUGGCCUCCUUCACGUGGAUGGGCCUGGAAGCUGUGCACAUGUAUCUCGCAUUGGUCAAAGUCUUCAACACAUAUAUCCCCUCUUAUAUCCUCAAGUUCUGUAUUAUAGGAUGGGGUAUUCCUGCAGUAAUAGUGAGCCUGGUGCUGGUCAUAGAUACAGAUGCCUACGGCAGUCUUGCUGAUGAAGAAAUUGAAAUGGUCCUUGAUUCCACUGAAGCAUUCUGUUGGAUACAGAAUGACGUUGUCUUCUUUGUGACAGUGGUGGCAUUUAUUGGUCUGACCUUGUUGUGCAACAUGUCCGUCUUCAUCAUGGUUCUGAUCCAAAUUAAACGGAUUGGGGCAAAUAAGCUUGCCGCAAACAGCCACGGCUCUGUGCUGGACUUGAAGGCGGUUGCCAGUCUCACGGUUCUGUUAGGCCUCACGUGGUCAAUUGGCUUUUUUUCCUUUGGGCCUGCCAGAGUAGUCCUGGUGUACCUGUUCGUUUUCCUCAACAGUUUGCAGGGCUUCUUUGUGUUUUUGUUCCACUGCCUGAUGAAGGAAAAUGUGAGGAAACAGUGGAGAAUCCACCUGUGCUGUGGACGUUUCAGACUCUGUGAAGACUCAGACUGGAGCCGCUCUGUGACAGUCGGUGACCGAUGCAAAAAGAAGAAUCUCGUUAACUCGGAUUCGGUCACUUCUGGCAGCUCUCAGUAGGUUUCUGGCUCCUCAGCAGCAGCAGCAGUAAACCAACACCAGGGGGCAUGAGUGGACAUCUGGAUGAAUUCUUCCAAGUUUUCCGUUGUUGAAUUACAAACAAAGCAAAAGGUUCAAAGACAAACUCCCCAGCGCAACUAAUGUGCAGGGAAAGCUGAAAUAUGUCUCAGCUUCACGGAGAAAAUGGGUCCAAAGCCAUCACUUAAACUCGCUCAUGAAAAUUAAGCACUGCUUUGAGGCAGAAAGUAAAAAUCCAUUAGAAAUCAGUAAACGUGUAAAAGCCGUACAAUUCCUUUUAAAGGUUAAAAUGAUUCAUUUUCACAUCCGUGCAUUGUAGUGCUGUUUAAGAAAUCUUUCUUUGUAACAAAGCAAAAUGUAAUGUUCUGCACACUAGAUUAUUAUCCAUUUAAAUGUCAUGCGAAUAUUGGAGCGUAAAAGUCGUUUUUAAGGUUAAUUUCAAUAGGAUUGUAAGGUAAUAGGGAUUUAGCUGACUUCUUAGAGUAUAUUUUCUGAUAUCCUAUACAGGAUUUGUCACGGCUUACCACUGCAUAAUGACAGUUUAGCUCUCGGAUCGUUCACUCGGUGCACCUUUGAGUAACAAUGUUUUGUGUGUGCAUGCAAGACGAGAUUUAACCUAUGACGUAAUUUUAUUCUUUAACUAAAAUGAAAUAAAACUGAGCACGUCUCAUUGUUUAAAUAAAUAGAAAUGGCUAUGAUUUAGUUUAGCUUGUACACAGAUUGUGUUCUGAUGAUAGUCU